CCACAAAACAUACAGACCCAUUUUCUAUGAAACUGCAUAAUUCACCAUUCAUUUGCUCUCCCGCGCUAGCUAGCAACUAGUCAGAGUUCUUCGCAGCAGCUUCAUGCGCCCUUCCUUCAUUCGCUUCUUGUCAUCAUUCAAACUCUUGAAAAGCCGAGUGAAGCUAGCUAACCAAGCACCUGAUCCCUGCAUCAUCUUCCUCAGGAGAAUUGGCUCCUCCAACUGCGGCGAGAAAUGGAAUCCUCCGCUGCCGCUUCUUCUUCCUCUGCGCUGCCGCAGUCUGUUGCUCUUCCCGCAGGGGAUUAUGAGGUUUUUAUGAGCUUCAGGGGACCCGAUGUUCGCAACAAGUUUGCCAGUCAUCUCUACACCUCCUUGGCUCGUGCCAAGAUCCGCACGUUCAGGGACGAGGAAGAGCUUCAGAAGGGGGAAGGGAUCGCGCCUUCCCUAGUCCGCGCCAUCCCGGAUUCGAAGAUCUACAUCCCUAUCUUAAGCGAGCAGUAUGCUUCCAGCAAAUGGUGCCUUACAGAGCUGGCUCAAAUGGUGGAGUGCUGGAAGCAGGGGAAGGGACACAUCAUCCUCCCUAUUUUCUACUUUGUUGACCCAAGAGAUGUAAGAAAGCAACAGGGUUCUUACCAGCAAGCGUUUGAACAGCACGCCCAAAAACAUAGCCCGCAGACCGUGAUAGAGUGGAAGGAAGCACUUCGUGAGGUCGGGCAAAUGAAAGGAUGGCAUGUUACAGAAUCUUGCAGCGAGGGCACUAUUGUAGACGAGGUCCUUUCUAAAGUUGAAUCACAUUUGAUGAGUAUGUACACAUUGGUGACCGACGAGUUAGUGGGGAUCGAUACUCCCGUGGAGGAAGUGAUGGAGUUAUUGGAUUUAGGGUCUUCCGACGAGAAAGUUAUCGUUGGCAUUCAUGGUAUGGGUGGUCUAGGUAAAACUACACUUUCCAAAGCCGUCUAUAACAAGAUAUGUUCUAAAUUUGAUCGUUGUUGUUAUCUCGAGGAUGUACGAGAAGCUCUAGCUAAGAGCGACGGAGCUGUAUCUCUACUGAAUAGGAUUAUCUCUACCAUUUUGAAAGCUGAUCAUCAGGUUAAAAGUGUUAGUGAAGGAAUAAACAUGAUAAAAGAGAGGGUUUCCAAGCACAAAUUGCUUCUUGUCCUUGAUGAUAUAGAUGACAAGUUUGAGUUCGAUAAGAUUCUAGGAAAAUUAAGUGAUUUUUCCGCAGAAAGUAGAUUCAUAUUUACGACAAGGUAUAAGAGGGCUUUGAAUUUUAUUCCAGAAUGCAAGUUCUAUGAACCAGAAGAAAUGAGUCGACAUCUUUCCUUGCAACUUUUUUGCAAACAUGCUUUUGGGAUGAACAAUCCUCCAGAGGAAGAUGCAGAAAUAUGUGGCGAAUUUGUAGAAGUUGCUGCUGGACUUCCUUUAGCUCUCAAGGUGAUAGGGUCACUUUUGUUUCAUAGAGGGAGGGAAUUUUGGGAAGAAAAAUUGAAAGAAUAUAGAGGCAUUGUUUCUACUACUGAAAAUGUGUUGCAAGAGAGAUUGAAGAUUAGCUACAAAGACUUGUCGCACAAUGAAAAACAAAUCUUUCUUGACAUCGCAUGUUUUUUUAUUGGUGACGAGAAAGAUUUACCUUAUUACAUGUGGAGUGAGUGUGAUUUUUAUCCAGAAAGUGGAAUCGACACUCUUAUUCAUAGAUCUUUGAUGAAACUCGAGAAAAACAACCGAUUUUGGAUGCACGAUCACAUCAGAGAUCUUGGGAGAGCCAUCGUUAAAAAGGAAGAUGUUCGACAUCCAUACAACCGCAGUAGAAUAUGGUCUACUGACGAUGCCCUCGACAUGUUAAGGAAUAGACAGGGAAGUGAACGGGUGGAAGCUAUUCAAAUACAUGGCUACGGUAACGAGAUGCUUAAAAGCCAGAAUUUUGAGAAACUAUCAGGUUUAAGAUAUUUGAAUGUGCAAUAUAGGCAGAUGAUGGGGGAUUUCAGUCAGGUCCUUCCAAAUAUAUGUUUCCUUCAAUUGCAUCAGUGUGCAUCUAUCCCAACUAAUAUUAACGUGAAGAAGUUGGCGGUACUUGAUUUGUGUUCUUGCAAUGUGAAGGAUAACUGGAAGGGUUGGAGCGGAGUAAAGGCGGCAACAAAGCUGAAAGCAUUAAAUCUACACGAGUGCCGGGAGCUGACAAAAUCUCCUGACAUGUCCAAAUGCACAAGCCUUGAGUUAAUCAACUUUAUGUGGUGUCACAAAUUGGAAGGACAGAUACACAUUGGCAAAUUCAAGAAUAUGAAAAAGCUGCUACUCAACUAUACCGCCAUAACAGAGUUAGUCAUUAGUGGAGGUGACACUGGAAACCUUCAACGACUGGAGGAGAUGGACGUGAGUGAGACCGGUUUGACAGAAUUGCCUGCCGGGAUGGAGAACUUGUCCUCUCUCAAAAUCUUGUCGUUAGGAUCGUGGAAGCCGGCAAACUACUGGAUGGAGAUACCCAGGCUUCCGAGGAGCUUAAAGAGGUUAUCCAUUUUGGGUCCAUCAUUUGGGGUCCCAAAUCUGCUAGAGCUCAAGGAGUUGGAAUACCUUAGCUGCACUAAGGGCUAUUGGUUCCUCGACGACUUUUGGCAGCUUCCCAAUUUGAAGGAAUUGACUCUUACGUGGUGCAUAUUGGUCUGCCCUACCGAUGGUGCACAACAGUUCUUAUCAGAACGGAAAAAAUAUAAUGGUCCACUGCUGCGGCAGGACCAGGAUGAGGGGGCAACUUCCCUUGCUGCUACUGCUGCUCCGGCAUCUUUAACCAGCCUUAAAGUCGUUGGUUGCUCAGAUUUGAAUGAACUCCCCAGCCUAGAGAAUUUGUGCAAUCUUACCCAACUCAAAGUCUCAGGUGUCCAGGUGGCCGAGAUUCGCGGCCUGGGAGAGCUGAGGGCGCUGGAGACUAUGGUGAUAAGCGAUUGCUUGAAUCUGAACAGCCUCAACGGACUUGAGAAUCUGCUCCUGCUCAAGACCCUGACCUUGAGUUCCGUCAAUCUGGAGAGGCUGCCGAGUCUGGCGAAUUUGAGCAAGUUGAAGGAUCUGGAGGUUGGCCGCUGCAGGAAUCUCGUCGAAAUCCAAGGCAUGGACGGCCUCGGGGAGUCUUUAUCCUGUCUGACAAUCGAGGAAUGUCCCCGCUUGGAAAGCAUGGAUGGACUUCAACUUCUGGGAGCAUUGGAAGAAUUGACGUUCUCCGACAUAUUGUUUGGUCAGGGACCAUCUCUUGAUCUCUCCGGUCUCGUCAAUCUGAAACGGUUGAACAUCCACUGGUGUCCAGAGUUGACGGAGGUUAAAGGGUUGGAGAGAUUGAUGUCGUUAGAACGGUUGAGUAUGAGGGGUUGCCUUUCGAUCCGACAGCUGCCUGGUCUGUCCGAGCUCAGUAAUCUCAAGAAAUUAUCCCUCUACUUGUGCGAAAGCUUGAUUGAUCUUGCGGGGAUCAACAGGUUGGAGUCGUUACAGAAGCUAAGUCUGGAUGAGUGUCGUUCAAUCACGAGGCUUCCCAACUUAUCCGGCUUCAAGAAUUUGUGGGAUUUGAAACUUAAGGGAUGCAUAGAGCUGACUGGGUUGGAGGGAGUCGAGGGACUGGAGUCGUUAAGAGAGCUGAACCUGCGUGAUUGCAGGUCAAUAACGGAGUUGGGAAAUCUGUCUGGUCUCAAGAAGUUGAGGAGGCUUACUAUUUCUGGGUGCACGAAACUGGUCGAGGUCAAUGGACUUGAUGAGUUGGAGGAGUUAGAGUACCUGGAAAUGGAGAGGAGGAUGAGAGUGAAGUGUUGGGUCAGAUCGACUGCUAGAUAUGCCGUGGGACUUUGCUUUUUCUUGGUAGAAAUAUGCCAAGUGAAUUCGCUGCACAGAUCCACGUAA